GAUAAGGAAAAGUAAUAAUAGUAAAGGGGAAGAAGAUUGGAUCAAGAGUCCAAAAAUCACAUGCUUCCCUUUUUUCAAUUUUCAUCUCUCUGCAGUCUGCCCCUUAACUCUUAACCAAACAAAGUCCUAUCGACUUUUCAUUGUCAGGUCCAAUUAGCUUCUCGGGUUCGUUUCCAAGCCCAAUUCUCUGUCUGUCUGUCUCUCUGCCUUCCUCUCUCUCGUCUCUCCUGGAAAACCCUAGAUCUUGCAGAGGCCUCGGAGCUCGGUCUCCGAGCUUCUUAUACGCACGGAGAUCGCGUCGCUUUCUUUUCGCGACUGGUAUUCACUUCUUGAGGCAAGAUGGAAACACCUGAAGAGAACAAUGCAUUGGUGGUUCAUGAAUCACAGCCUAAUAAGAGGCGGAAAAAGAAGUCUAUAGUCUGGGAGCACUUUACAAUUGAAACUGUAAGUGCUGGAUGUAGAAGGGCAUUCUGUAAACAGUGCAAGCAAAGUUUUGCAUAUAGCACAGGUUCCAAAGUAGCUGGUACUAGCCAUCUCAAGCGUCACAUUGCCAAGGGAACCUGCCCAGCUGUACUACGCAAUCAGGGGAAUCAAUUGACGCCAUAUACCCCAGGGAGUGGAAAUGGCAGUACAACUGAAACUCCAAAACGUCGCUACAGAUCUCCUAGCUCAGCUUAUGUUCCUUUUGAUGGAGACCGUUGCCGCCAUGAAAUUGCUAGGAUGAUCAUUAUGCAUGACUACCCACUUCACAUGGUCGAGCAUAGUGGCUUUGUUACUUUUGCUCAAAAUCUUCAGCCUCGGUUUGGCAUGGUGAGCUUUAAUAAUGUCCAAGGGGAUUGUGUUGCAACUUACUUGAGGGAAAAGCAGAAUGUUAUGAAGUUUAUUGAGGGAAUGCCUGGACGUGUUUGCCUUACAUUGGACGUGUGGACUUCAAGACAAAGUUUAGGUUAUGUUUUCUUGACUGGUCACUUCAUUGAUAGUGAUUGGAAGCCACAAAGGCGGGUUCUGAAUGUCGUGAUGGAACCAUAUCCUGAUUCAGAUUCUGCUCUCAGCCAUGCUGUUGCUUGUUGCCUUUCUGAUUGGAGUUUGGAAGGCAAGCUAUUUUCUGUCACGUACAAUCAUCCAGUUGGUGAACCUGGGCUUGAAAAUCUUAGGUCCCUGCUUUGCAUAAAGAAUCCCCUAAUUCUCAAUGGACAAUUAUUGAUUGGUAACUGUAUAGCUUGGACUCUGUGCAGCAUGGCCAAGGAUGUAUUAUGGGCUGGGCGGGAUGUUGUUAAGAAAAUCCGCGACUGUGUAAAGUAUGUGAAGACUUCAGAAUCCCAUGAGGAAAAGUUUUUCGAGCUUAAGCAGCAACUUCAACAAGUCAACAGUGAAAAAAGCUUAUUUCUUGAUGACCAAUCUAAGUGGAACACGACAUAUCAAAUGCUUGUGGUUGCUUCAGAGCUGAAAUUAGUGUUUUCUUGCUUGGAUGCUUCUGAUCCUGAUUACAAAGAGGCCCCCUCUUUGGAAGACUGGAGGCAGAUUGAUACUAUAUGUAGUUGUUUGAGACCUCUCUAUGAUGCAGCCAAUAUACUUACCUCCACAGCUACCCCAACUGCAAUUACAUUCUUUCAUGAAGUAUGGAAGAUCCAGACUGAUCUGGCUCGUUCAGUAGCAAGCGAGGAUCCCUUUGUUAGCACUGUUACCAAAGCCAUGCAAGAAAAAAUGAGUAAAUAUUGGAAGGAUUGCAGCCUAGUUUUAGCAAUUGCAGUAGUCAUGGAUCCCCGCUUUAAGAUGAAGCUUGUUGAGUUUAGUUUUUCGAAACUUUAUGGUGAAGAUGCACCUGCAUAUAUCAAGAUUGUCGAUGAUGGGAUUCACGAGCUCUUUCUUGAAUAUGUGGCCCUUCCUUUGCCUUUAACUCCAACUUAUGCUGAAGAAGGAAAUAAUGAAAACAGCAUGAAGGAGGACCACCAGGGAUCUCUUCUGUCCGACAUUGGACUCACAGAUUUUGAUGUUUACAUUAUGGAUACUACAAGCCAGCAAAUGAAGUCGGAGCUAGAUCAGUACUUGGAAGAGUCUUUAUUGCCUCGUGUGCACGAGUUUGAUGUGUUGAGUUGGUGGAAACUGAACAAGCUGAAAUACCCAACUUUAUCAAAAAUGGCUCGUGAUAUUUUAACCAUUCCAGUAUCUAGUGCUGCUCUUGAUUCUGUAUUCGAUACAGUGACCAAAGAGGUGGAUCAGUACCGGUGUUCCUUGCGACCAGAGACGGUGGAAGCCCUUGUGUGUGCUAAAGAUUGGCUUCAGUAUGCAUCUCCUGAAAUUUCAAAUGCCGUUGUGAAAAUGGAGUUUUAGAUUUAGGUUCGCUCGUUACAGUAAUGAUGUAUAAGAUUGUAGGCUUAGUUUUUAUAAUUAAGCAUUAGGUUACAUUGCCUCUAUUGUACCAUUAGAAAGGAAUUGUUUGGAUUAAUGGGCAUUAUAAUUUACACAUUCAAAUUUCCUGGACAGUAUUUAUUGACAUAACGAACUAUCUUUUGUUA